AUGUUUAAAAAUGUGUUCGGGUCGGGAUUCCUUGUGAGAACGGCGCAUGUUAUGUUGACAUGGGUUAUUACGCUGAUCCUGUUUCUCCACGACACCGAUCUCCGAAAGCAAGAGGAGACCGGGGAGCUAGUGGUACCAGUUUUGUUUGUGCUGCUGGUCCUGGUCUCAGUCCUGCUGUAUUUUGCAGUUUCUCUCAUGGACCCUGGAUUUGUUCUGUCUGAUGAUGCAGACAUGCAGUUCACCCUGGGUGUAACUGAGGAGCAACAGGACAUGAUUCCACAAAACACAAAAUCUCUACGACAGCGUCGCUGUGGCCACUGCCUACUGCAGCAGCCAAUGAGAUCCAAGCACUGCCAGACAUGCCAACACUGUGUGCGUCGCUAUGACCACCACUGCCCAUGGAUUGAGAAUUGUGUUGGGGAGAGGAAUCAUCGCUGGUUUGUGUUGUACCUGGCUGUCCAACUAAUUGUGCUGAUCUGGGGUCUACACAUGGCAUGUUCGGGCUUCACCUAUACCUCUACCUGGCAGUUGUGGCUACGUGCGAACGGCGUGUUGCUGGGGACAACAGCGGUUGUGGCUGUCCUGGCAUUGACAGUGUUAUUGUUGCUGGGGUCUCAUCUGUACUUGGUCUCUCUAAACACCACCACCUGGGAGUUUAUGUCCCGCCAGCGCAUUUCCUACCUCAAACACUGCGGCGCUGAUGAAAACCCCUUUGACCGCGGCGUCCUACAUAACCUCUGGGGUUUUUUCUGCAUAUGGGGGACUGUGGUCUGGGAGCAGGUGUACUUCAGACAGGGUAGUAACCCUAUUUGA